AUGGACGCACCCCGAUCAUCCUCGCGCCCGAGACCUUCAUCCAGGCCUACAACCCCCCUGCGCCCCAGCUCGCGCUCUUCGAUACGGGAGGCCCACGGAUAUGGAAACAGUAUUGGAAAUGCAGGAUACACACAACCCGCUUUCAAUGCAUUGGAACCGCAAUUCGCCGAGCUGGCCGAUUCGAUGGCGGAUCUCGAGGCCAACUUCAUGCACCUGCAGCUGAUGCACGAGAGCCUGACUCGCUUCAGUGAGAGUUUUGCCAGUUUUCUCUAUGGAUUGAAUAUGAAUGCAUUCUGUGUGGAUUUCCCAGAGGCUCCGAUUUCAGACUCGUUCAAGAAGGCUAAGCAGGAUGAAGAAGAAAAAGGUAUUGCGACAGCUCCCUGUGGGAACUACCGUCGAUCGGAGGCGGAACUAGAAUCAGAACCAACACGACAGGUUGAUGAUGGCGAGAUGACCUUUAUGACUACGGACACGACUUUUGUUGAGAAUCCGAGCACGACUCCCUCCGCUAGGCCGACAUCCAAGUAUGCUGCGGGCUCACGAGUCUCGUCGCGUGGCACUGCUCGUGGUGCAGCAAGCAGCCGGUAUACUACACGAGGUACUGGUCGUGGCACUCGUCCCAGCGCAUUGCCUCGGGGCAGAGGGGUUGGAACUCGAUGA